AUGAAACGUCAGGGAAGUCCGAUUGCUGGGUGCAGCCACAAAAUUCCACUUCUCGACUUGGAAGAUGACGAGCGAAAAACAGAUAUAAAAGAUUGUGAAGAGAUAAAAAGUCUGAGAAGUUUCAAAACUGAAGAUCAGAAAGAGUGUAAUUCUUUUUUUGUUGGUAAAAAUAACUUCAAACCGAAUAUUACAGACGAUGUGGUGAAAGCAAUUGGCGAGGGCGUUUUCGGGGUCGUUUUUCAUGUGACCGACAAGGUAAACUAGUCGACAUUUACAAAAAUUGAAGAGAACAAAAGUUUAGAAGCAGAAAAAAGAUUAUGCGCUGAAGGUGAUAAAGGAAAUGAGCAACUUUGUGAACAGCGGCUUUCGAAAAGAAAAAAGAGUUUGUUUUUGUGAACUUUUAACCAAAUUUUGCUUGAAACCUUUUGCAGUUACUGGAAGAAGUGGAAAAGGAAGGUCAUCCGAAUUUGCUACGACUGAUUUGGGCCGGAAAUCUGUCGGUUGCGCCGUUCCGCUGCACCAAAAUGGCGUUGCUCACCGAGCUCGCCGGACCUUCUUUGCACGAUUUAUUGAACGGAUUUGAAAAAGAAAACGAUGAGGGACUGAGUGUCUGUUUCCCCGUGGAUGACAUCCGGAUCGUCGGACGACAAAUCCUCUCCGCCAUGCUCAAAUUGCUCUCCCUCAACAUUUUCCAUUUGGACCUGAAACCCGAAAACCUGUAUUUCAUGGGCGCUGGUCAUGAAGUGGAGAAGAAAGAGUACAAAACGACGACUAUUUGCGAUGACAAAGAGAUUGAGUUGAAAGAGUACGCGCUGGUCAUCAAAAAACCGGACUUGCGCAUCACAAUCGGCGAUUUCGGCAGUGCCCGACAACACGGGCCUUCCGAUCGGGUGACUCCGAAACAGGUGCAGUCGCAGAACUACAGAGCGCCCGAAAUUUUUAUGGGUAAAAGAGAAAUCUCAAUAAACAAACUUUGAAUUGUAUAGGUAUGGCGUUCUCAACAAAAGCGGACGUCUGGUCGUUUGGAGCGGUGAUGUGCGAGAUGUACACCGGCGAACUGCUCUUCUACGGCACCUUCGAAGGCGACACCGAGAUGGCGCAGUUCGAGUUGAUGAAGAGAGUCGUCGGACAACAGCCCACGAACACCAUGUUCCGGGAGGCCAUCUCCGUCGGGUUUGUUAACUGAAAAGAUGGUUUUUAUGUUAAUCUUGAAGGUUUCUGUCCAUUUUCAGAAGUCAGCACAUUGCGCUCUCCCCGCACGGCUACCGAAUGAAAAACAUAGUGAUUCCCCCGAUGACGGUGCCCCUGCUGCUCAAUAUGCGCUUCGGAGACGCCCCGGCGCGCGAGCUGUUCACAAUGCUCGAAGACACGAUGAUCUUCGAUCCCUCCGACCGCCCUACCUUCCAACAAGUCUUCGAAUCGGAGUUUUUCGCGGAAAACGCUGAUUCUGCUGAAUAA